AAGUCCAACAUGAUGAGACAGACUGUCCUGGUUCUGGCGCUUGCUGCCUGCGUGCUCGCGGCUGAGCUGCCCGUCCGUCGCAUCCCACACAGCGGUCCGCAAAGGAGGUUUGGCCGGGUGCACGGACGCAUCGUCGGCGGCUCAGAUGCCACCUUAGGCCAGUUCCCGUACCAGGUGUCGCUGCAGUGGGUGCUGCUCGGCAUCGCCUCCCACACGUGCGGUGGUUCCAUCGUGUCCGCCAGUGCUGUCGUCACGGCGGGACACUGCCUCGACCCGGCAACCGUCGGCCACUACGAGGCCGUGGCCGGCAUCAACUCCCUGACGUCUGACUCGGCCAUCGAGCAGAGGGUGCAAGUGGCGCAGGAGAUAAGGCAUCCAUCCUACCAGGAAAUUGAUAACGUCGCAAUCAACGACGUCGCCGUCUUCCAGCUGCAGUCCAGCCUGACCCUGGGCGGCAACGUACAGGCCAUACCGCUCCCUACCGCUGGAUCCGUCCCAAGUGCUGGUUCGUCGGCGACGCUGUCUGGCUGGGGCAGCACCAGCACCGGCCUUCUUCCGCACAUGCCCGACAUCCUGCAGUGGGUCGACGUCAGCGUCAUCAGCAACACGGAGUGCGCGCUGCUUCUGGGUGACAGCCCGCUCAACGACGACAACGUCUGCACCGGCCCCGUCGACGGAAGCAUCUCCGCUUGCAAGGGCGACUCCGGCGGCCCACUGGCCCAGGACGGCGCCCUCAUCGGAAUCGUGUCGUGGGGCAUGUGGCCCUGCGGGGCUGAGAACGCGCCCUCCGUCUUCACCCGGGUGGCCGCCUUCACGGACUUCAUCAACCAGUACCUUUAGAAACCUCGUGCCACACGUGUAAUCUGAU